UUUCAAUAACAGUUCAAUUUUUCUAGUGUUAUAAUAAUUUAUAAAGUAAAGUAAAUAACAAUAAAAAUGCCAGACUAUUUGGGAGAUGACCAACGCAGAGUCCGUGACGAUGAAAAUAAGGACGAGAAACCGAUCCAAGCUCUGGAUGAAGGAGAUAUCGCACUUCUGAAGACGUACGGACAAGGUCCGUAUGCAAAGCAAAUUAAACAAGUUGAAGAUGACAUUAUAGCAAUUACGAAACGUGUUAAUGAGCUCACAGGAAUUAAAGAAUCGGAUACUGGACUCGCCCCACCGGCUUUGUGGGAUCUUGCCGCGGAUAAACAAACGUUGCAUAGUGAACAACCAUUGCAAGUUGCCCGAUGUACGAAAAUUAUUGAUGCUGACACAGAUAACGCGAAGUAUAUCAUCAAUGUAAAGCAAUUUGCGAAGUUCGUCGUCGACCUUGGGGAUCAGGUCGCUCCGACUGAUAUAGAAGAAGGCAUGAGAGUGGGGGUAGAUAGAAAUAAAUACCAAAUUCAUAUCCCGUUACCCCCUAAAAUAGACCCCACUGUCACCAUGAUGCAGGUUGAAGAAAAACCAGAUGUAACAUAUUCGGAUGUUGGAGGCUGCAAGGAGCAAAUUCAGAAGUUACGUGAAGUAGUGGAAACUCCUCUGUUGCACCCUGAACGUUUCGUUACACUUGGAAUAGAUCCUCCAAAGGGGGUUCUUCUUUUUGGACCCCCAGGAACAGGGAAAACGCUCUGCGCGAGAGCAGUUGCUAAUCGUACGGAUGCCUGUUUUAUUCGUGUUAUUGGUUCGGAGUUGGUACAGAAGUAUGUCGGGGAAGGAGCCAGAAUGGUUCGUGAAUUAUUUGAAAUGGCUCGUACUAAGAAAGCAUGUUUAAUUUUCUUUGAUGAAAUUGAUGCCAUAGGUGGCGCUAGAUUCGACGACGGAGCUGGCGGGGAUAAUGAAGUUCAACGUACAAUGUUGGAGCUCAUCAACCAAUUGGAUGGAUUUGACCCGCGUGGAAAUAUCAAGGUACUAAUGGCAACGAAUCGGCCUGACACUUUAGACCCAGCGCUGAUGCGUCCAGGCAGAAUGGACAGAAAAGUAGAAUUUGGGUUGCCAGAUCUUGAAGGCAGAACCCACAUUUUUAAAAUCCAUGCUCGGAGUAUGAGUGUCGAGCGUGACAUUCGAUACGAGCUUUUGGCUCGUUUGUGCCCAAACAGCACUGGCGCUGAAAUUCGCAGCGUUUGCACUGAGGCUGGAAUGUACGCUAUUCGUGCUCGAAGAAAAGUUGCAACGGAAAAAGAUUUUCUGGAAGCUGUCAACAAAGUGAUUAAGUCGUAUGCAAAGUUCAGCUCAACACCAAGAUAUAUGACCUACAACUAACUGUGGAAUUAUGUAAUAUGGACUGCUGACUAUACUGGAUUAUACAAAACAAUUGAGCUUUUCGAAGAAAAAUAAACUAUCUCUCUUUAUUUUUCACUUCACAUUGAAAAUAUUAUUAAUGGGUAAAAUUUAGCAUUGCCCAUUUUUGAAAAAAUAUUAUCUCAGUUUCCAGCGGGCCAUAUUGGGAUAGUAACGUUAAUUAACCAUUUAGGUGACAGGUAUUUUUACUUUCUGGAAGUGUGAGAUUACCAUUAACACAUUCUUAGUCUAUCUCUAUUUCUGACGAGGCGAUAUCAUUUGAGGCCUGGGGAUUAGCUAGGUUGUGAUAGUCUGGAGGGCUGUAUAAAGUAGGAAUGUUCAGAACAGUGGUUCCCAACCUUUUAUGGCUUGUGGCCCCCUUCUGUGGGCUUUUAGCACUCAUGCCCACCUGUUUAUUGUUCCAGUGGUAUUUAUAGUGUUAUUUUGAUUGGUAUAUUUCAAAUUCCAUUCUGUUUAAAUAAUUGAUGCUCAACAAAUUGAACAUACUCUGUGAAAUAAUGUUAUCAAGCAAUGAAAGAACGAGUUUUGCGGUAGAAGAAAAAGUAAAAUCAGUUAUGGGUCUAGCCUGGUGGCCCCCAUCCAACUGCUCUCUUGCCCCUUUAGUGGGCUCGUCAGGUUAAAAAAAGAAACACCCUCUUAGUCUCUAAGCAAUACUGCCCCUAUUAUUUGUUGAAUUGCAAGAUUAUGUUGGUAUUGAGGGCUGCUUUCUAAAAGUAGGAAUGUUGUGAUUCACAUUGUUACAUUACUAUUUUAACAGUUAUUUAAUAACAUGAGCGUGUUUUAGAUUUGGCUGGCAAUGUUAAUAUUAUUUUCACAUCAGUGAUGAUAUUCUGUAUCUGAACUAUUGAUGAAUUUCUUACAAGACCUGUGUAACAGUUUGAUUUAGUGGAUUUCUCUAUUUCUCGAAGUUUGAAACAAUAUCCAUCAAAUUAUUUCAAUAAAAAGUUUGAGUAGUUCAAAUAAAAGUCAAAAAUUUGUGUUUCCUUAUUUCCUAAAAACAUAUUUUUCAAGUCUUUUUGGAUUGAAGGCUGAAGCCCUCGAUUUACUUAUAAUGUUCCGCUUGCGCCAAGUUUAACAACAGUGACGCGCUAAUACCUAUAGGCCCUGGAAUUUCAUUUUCAUUUCUGUUAUUAUUUGGUAUUUAAAAGAUGAAGGAUCUUGUUUUUACUUCUUGCAAUUUGUUCAUUUAUAUCAGUGGUUCCCAAAUCGCAGUCCGUGGGCUAAUUACGGCCAGCAUAACAAUUUAACAUGACCCGCUAAACUUGAGUAAAAUAGUUCCACACUCUACGUUUUUACCCUUUUGUGUUUUUUUUUGCGAGCUUGUGUAUAUUCGUAACAAUUUAAUUAUAUCGGUAUCUUGGUUGUACAUACUGGUAUUGGGAUUACAUACAUGUCUCACACUUGCUCUCUCCAGGCCCACAAUAUCCUUCCGCUUCUAAUUUUGGCCUCCUGUCAAUCAACUUUGGGAACAACCACUGAUUUAUAUGUUUCAUUUAUGACAAUCCUGGAAUUUUUGAUUUUCUGUGCAUGACCUAUUGGUGUAUAAACUUAAGCACGGGCCAUGUUAAAUCAAUAUGUAUUUGUAUGAAUCCAUUUGGUCACCUAUUUGAUGCUUUGUUUUGUAUUAUUAG